AUGCUCAGUAACGGGCAUCCCCAUGCGGCCUGGGCUCACUGCAGUUUUGGCUUGUUAUGCCUUUUGCAGGUGUUCUUCAAGGAAGCCAAUGUAAAACAGAUUGAUGUCCCAACACUGACAGGCGCCUUUGGUAUCCUCCCAGCCCACGUCCCCACACUGCAGGUGCUCCGGCCCGGCGUAGUCACCGUCUUCAAUGAUGAUGGUUCCUCUACUAAGUAUUUCGUGAGCAGCGGAUCAGUCACCGUCAAUGCCGACUCUUCAGUGCAGCUGCUGGCGGAGGAGGCCGUUCCUCUGGACAGCCUGGACCUCGCAGCGGCGAAAGCGAACCUCGAGAAAGCCCAGUCAGAACUGGGGGGCAUUUCAGAUGAAGCAGCCCGGGCCGGGGUUCUGAUCAGCAUAGAGGCAAACGAGGCAAUCGUCAAAGCAUUGGAGUAAACGAUUUGGGUUGUAGAAUAUUCUGUCUGUUUGAAAAGGUCUCCGGCUUUGUCUGUUCCCCACCCCAGUGAAGUCAGAAACCGCAAGACUUAACUGCUUGCUUUGUACAGUGGAUGAAAUUAACAAUAAAUUUAUUUGAAAUAA